GGCGGCCGGCCGGCGGUCCGUCAGUCGGGCCGUGGUUUCGGUGGCCAUGCCUGCCCGGCGGCUGCGGACGGCGCUGAUCUUCGGCGGGUUCGUGUCCGCCGUGGGGGCCGCCUUUUACCCCAUCUACUUCCGGCCGUUGGGCCGGCUCGAACACUACCGGAAGGAACAGGCCAUAAAUCGGGCUGGGAUUGUCCAAGCAGAUGUACAGCCACCAGGACUGAAAGUGUGGUCCGACCCCUUUGGGAGGAAGUGACGAGCCGGACGGCCGCGGCCUUCCUCGGGAGAUGCCUUCCUGCCACCUUGACGCCCGACUGCCGUCGUCCCUCGGCUGAUUGAUGGCUGGAGAAGUGGGAACCGAAUAAUGAGAAGAAGAUAAGAGCCAUUCGAUGUUGCUGUUCCUUCCGGGGUCACCUUAGGUCGGGUUUUUUCCCUUAGGUAUCAGAGAGCGCCAGAACCAGUGACGCCACCCGGAAAGCUCAGAGGGUGACUUCCCAUGGGUUUCUGGAGCUAAGCACCCUCUGGGUGGGCAGGAGAUCUACUUACCAGGAAAUCUACUUACCAUCAUUUAAUCCUUAAGGCAGUUAAGUGGAGCCCUUAAGCCGGGCGAGGAGUCCGUGAACCUGGGCGGACUCCUGAACCGGGCUGUGAUAUUCCAUCUUUCAAGUGGGAAUCGUCGAGCCGAACUGCAUUCCCGGCAUGCUGGGAGGAUGCUGAUUAAAGCCCUCUGGGGACAGAGUACUUUGUACAGUCCAAGGGGAACCAAUUAUGUUGGCGGCUGCUCAGUUCUUACUUUAUGCGAUGGUAAAUCCGGAGGAGAGAAACCCGGGGCCCUAGGUGGCCGCAGAGUAAAUGAAUGCCUCAUUAAUGGGACAACUGUGAAUGUAGAUAUUAAAAGCAUUUGUUUUCCUUGA